CCACAAGACAGAAGUUGGAGAGAGAGAGAGAAAGUGAGACAGAGAGAGGGAGUAGGGUUGGGUUGGGUUUGCUCUCUCGCUCCGAGUUAGGGUCUUUUGUGAAGAGGGUUGGAUUUGGGUUUCAAUGGAGGAGGGAGGUAACAGCAGAAUGAAGGGGGUGGUGAAGUGGUUCAACGAUCAGAAGGGUUUUGGCUUCAUCACUCCUGACGAUGGCGGUGAGGAUCUCUUUGUUCACCAGUCAUCCAUCAGAUCCGAGGGCUUUCGCAGUCUCGGAGAUGGUGAAUCGGUCGAGUUCGUGAUCGAAUCGGGCGGUGACGGACGUACCAAAGCUGUCGACGUCACCGGUCCAAACGGGGAGAACGUUCAGGGGAGUACCCGUGGCGGUGGCGGAGGAGGCGGUAGCGGCGGAAGAGGUGGUUCUGGUGGUGGGUAUGGUGGAGGUGGAGGUUAUGGCGGUGGAGGUGGAAGUAGAGGUGGACGUGGUGGAGGUGGCAGCUACGGCGGUGGAGGCGGAGGUUAUGGAGGCGGUGGAGGCGGUUAUGGAGGCGGCAGCGGCGGCUAUGGAGGUGGAAGUUACGGCGGCGGAGGCGGCGGUAGUAACGCUUGUUUCAAGUGUGGCGAGACUGGACAUAUGGCGAGGGACUGCUAUCAGGGCGGCGGCGGUGGCGGUGGCGGGGGGAGUUAUGGCGGCCGAGGCGGAGGUGGCGGCGGAGGCAAUGGUUGCUUCAACUGUGGGGAGGAAGGGCAUUUUGCCCGAGAAUGCCCCCACCCUUCUGGCUGAAAUGGGUGAAAAAAGCAGGGGUAAAUGUGUCGUUUCACGUUUUACUCCUCUCUUUUGCUCCUAGUAUUAGUUUUACAGUUAUUAAGCUUGUGGAUGGUGAACCAUAUGAAAUCUUUGUUUUGUGGGUGUUACUGUCAUCAUAUGGCCACCUCUUUAAAUAUGUUCUCGUGUCUGCUUUGUUAGUCUUUUGACGGAUAUGGUGAUUGUAUUUUCUCUUCUCUCUUAGGUAUUAUGUUUGUGGUAUGGUAGUUUAAAGAAGACGAUUUAAGAGAGCUUUAGGGUUUGCUUUAUCUGUGGUCUCUCUCUAGUCAUAUAUAUACACACAUGUAUAUGUAUACAUGUUGGUUUUAUAUCAAUGAACUGGGUUUUUCGUAA